CAGGCUGGCUCAGCAACUACCAUCUUGCAUCUGAAAGAGCAGUUCUUUGAGAUCUUUUACAAAUCUUUUUGCCCAAGUUUUAAAAACAUGGAGUUGGAUCCCGCUCGUUUUUCCGCUGGAAAAGGGCCUCUUCUGACACCUGAAACAGGUUAUGGAAGUACAAGGGCAAAAGGCCAUAUGAGUGUGCCAGCGCUGCAACGAAGAGGGGAAUUGAGCAAGAUUACCCUUUCUUCCUCUUGCACCACUGGAAAAGCUGAUAGGAUCUUGUGAUGGGAUGUUACACUCCAAGGUUCAUCUACAACCACUUUCACAGACAAGAAAAAGGUUGCGAAGCAAGUUUUUCCAGCCAGCCUCCAGUCUGCCUGGGUGUGGAGCUGUUCAUAGAUUAACGGACAGUAGCCAAUAGAACCAAUUAGUUGUUUCCUGUGGAUUCAGGAGGAGUCAUGAAACAGUGAGCUCACACAAAACUCCUAGAGAGUUUUCCAUCAGUGAAAACUGCUGACUUUAGAGAAGGCAAACAAAUGUGCGGAACUCCAGAAAUUCCAAUGGUGUCAUCAUCGCAAGGAGGGGAGUAGGAGCUACAAGGGAAUGGGAUGGUAGCCAGGAUUCUCCAUAUUCCUGGACACGAAAUAGUUUGCGAGUUGUAAACUACGAAUUAGAGAUCUCGGAUCCACUUGUAGGAGAAGAAAGUGAGUUUUAAUGAACUGGAGGAAAGAAUAAACAGGAUUCCUGACUAGUCUCUGGUCUGCUCCUUCUCCCGCUAGUGCAUCCAGCCCAGCAUGGAUGUUAGCCAGUAUCUAAUACGGAUCGGGUACCAGGGUCCUGCCCAGCCUUCACUGGAGACCCUGCGGCGUCUCCAUCUCUGCCAUCUCUUCUCUGUGCCCUUCGGGAGCUUGAGUAUCCACUGUAAGGAGCCCAUCACCCUGGAAUUGCCCCUUCUCUACGACAAGAUUGUCCGGCGCCACCGCGGCGGCUUCUGCUAUGAGCUGAAUGGGCUUUUCUUGUGGCUGCUGCAGACACUAGGAUUUGAAGCCAAAGCCGUGGCUGGUCGUGUCCGGAACCGCUUCACGGGGCACUAUGGACCACCCCUGGACCAUAUGGUGAUUUGGGUCCAACUGGAUGGACGUUCGUUCCUCUGCGACGUUGGUUUUGGUGAAGCUUUCCAGGAGCCCCUAGAGUUGAUACCAAACACAGAGCAAGUCCAAGAAGGGGGUGUGUUCUGGCUGGGCAUGAAAGAGGGGGUUUGGAUCUUGGAGCGCCGUGAAGUUCCUGGCAAGGAAGGGAGACCUUUGUAUCAAUUCACUCUCGAGGAAAAGAAGCUGGACGAUUUUGCAGACAUGUGCAUCUAUCACCAGACUUCACCCAGUUCCAUCUUCCCGUGCAAGUCCUUCUGCUCCCUGCAAAAGGAAGAUGGCACCCGCCUUACCUACAUGGGAUGGCGUCUCAUCUCCACUAGCGGGGAGAAGCGUACGGAGACUGUCUUGCAAAGCUCUGAGAUCCCAGCUGUGCUGCGGGAGAAAUUCAAGAUUGAGCUGGAGGGGAACUUUGAGCCGAAGGAUGAAGAAAUCUUGCCACCUCCUGAGGAAGAUUAAGAAGGUAGAAGGGCACCUGCUCCCCUAUUUAGACAGUAGGCUAAAAACUGGAUUAUAUAUCUCACCUUUUUGUGUGCAGGUUUCAAUCUCUGGAACAACUGACCAUCAUGGAAUGUUCAUAAACAUUCUGACUUCUGAAAGGGAAGAAGCUGUCAAUUUUGUUGCUCUAGGUGUAGGAAAAAAACGUGUGUAGAAUCAGAUUCACUAACAGUGCAUUUGUCAGAUGCAUCUAGUGGGGAGGGCUGUGGUUAUCGAAGGCUUGUGCUGCAGUGGAAUUGGUUGGUCUUGGUGGUGGUGCUGGACUCUUUUUGGUUUUGCUACUACAGACUAACACGGCAAACUCCUUUGAACCUUUACACAAGCAAACUGAUCCCCACAUCAAAAGGAGCUGUUUGCAUCUCCAUAUCAAAAGGAGUUGUUUACAUCCCUCCUCUCCUUCUCCCCUCCUCUCUCCUCCUCUAUAUUUGACCAGUUUCUUUCUGCCCUCCAUGCAUCUGAUGAAGAGAACUGUGAUUCUCGAAAGCUUAUGCUACAAUAAAAUU